UUAUGUUCAAAAUUGAGACAUUUUCCCUUCUCGAACCUUAUCCCUUGUGAUAUCCUCAGUCAUGGCAUCAAUGCUGAUAGCAUCACCUCCUCCAGUUUCCAUUCAAUUGCACAGUUCCUCCUCUCACCUUUCCUUCUCUCACUCCCAAACUCUGUUCACUCCCUUUGCAUCGCUCUCAGCGUCGGCAACUUCAUCAUCUCCUUCACCAACCCUUUCUGUUUACUGUGGCAGAGGCGACAGGAAAACUGCAAAGGGAAAGCGCUUCAACCAUUCAUUUGGAAAUGCAAGGCCAAAGAAUAAGAAUAAGGGUAGAGGACCACCGAGGCUUUAUGCUCCACCGGCACCCACCAAGAAAGACAAGUUCGAAGAUAAUGAGGUGGUGAAGAUUGAAAUUGAUGAGUCCCUCUUUUCUGGCUGAUUUUUUUUUUUUUUCUUUUUCUGUGGAUUGUAAUUUUGAGACUUUUCAUGGUUUAGUUUUUGAUAUAUCGAUCCCAUUGUUACAUAUACAAUUUGGAUUGUGCUUAUGCUCUAUGGGUUUUUAUUAUCCUUAAUUGAGGUCACUGUGCUUUCUUUCUC